CUACGUAAGGCUUGCACAGAACAUACUGGAGUGGAUCGGAUCAACGACACAAUGACGUUCGAGGUUGCGUGGCACUGAGGUCUUUGCUGUCCAGGAUGGUAGGUAUAUAUAGUACAUAUGUACCCUAUGCUAGUCAUGGGAAGGAUACAACCAGCCAAGGCCUUGAGUAGUUGAUCACGCCCAACCAAGCGUCUUCACUCACUGUAAGUUUAGUACCGAGUCUAUCGUCGGAAGUUUUCUGCAACAUAUUACGAUUGCGAUCUCCUGGAAAUGGCGUCCAACACCCACACCCGUCCGCAUAUGACAGAGCACGUCGAUCAAGACCCCACGAGCUACCAGGCAGCCAUCUACCAAAAGGGUCUCAAGUACCAACGAUCACCCUUCACCUUCAAGUCGCUAGACUGGGAAUCUCUGGCGGCGGAACGUCUUUCGGUCGAGAGCAAAGGGUAUGUCGUGGGCAACGCGGGGACCGGAGAGACCGCACGCAAGAACCGCGCCGCAUUCGAGAAAUGGAGUAUCGUACCUCGUCGGCUGGUCGCGACGAACACGUUUCCGGAUCUGUCGACGGAGGUCGUGGGCCGCAAGUUUCCAUUUCCUAUCGCCAUCGCGCCGGUAGGCGUCCAGAAGAUCUUCAACCCGGACGGGGAAAUCGCCACGGCUCGCGCCGCGGCGCGAGAGCGUGUACCCUACAUCAUGUCGACGGCGAGCAGUACGUCGAUCGAAGACGUCGCCGCGGCCAACGGCGACGGCGCCCGGUGGUAUCAACUUUACUGGCCUUCGAACGAGCACAACGACAUCACCGUGUCUAUUCUGCGGCGCGCCAAGCAGAAUGGCUUCUCCGCCCUCGUCGUAACGCUCGACACGUACAUCCUCGGCUGGCGCCCGUCCGACAUGGACAACGGCUACAAUCCGUUCCUCCGGAGUGACCAGAUCGGCGUGGCCGUCGGUUUUACGGACCCGGUGUUUCGCGCGCAGUUCAAGAAGAGACACAACGUCGAGGUGGAAGAAAACCUCGGGGCCGCCGCCGCCGAGUGGACCCGCACCGUCUUCCCCGGCUUCAGCCACGGCUGGGACGACGUCAAGUUCCUCCAGGAGCACUUUGACGGCCCCAUCAUCCUGAAGGGGAUCCAGACCGUCGCCGACGCCCAAAAGGCCGUCGAGAUCGGCGUCCAGGGCAUCGUGGUGAGCAACCACGGUGGCCGACAGACUGAUGGAGGUAACUCGUCGCUCGGCGUUCUACCGAAAAUCGUCGACGCCGUCGGGUCGAAACUCGACGUCCUCUUCGACUCGGGCGUCAGGGCGGGCGCGGACGUCGCAAAGGCAAUGGCGCUGGGAGCGAAGAUGUGCCUCAUAGGUCGGCCGUACGUCUACGGCCUCGCCCUCGGGGGAGAGGAAGGGGUGAGCCACGUGCUGAAGUCGCUGUCGGGAGACCUCGAGUUGACGUUGCACCUCGCGGGGGUGCCGAGUGCGUCUCCCAAGGACCUGAAUCGAUCCGUGCUGGUGAGGGAGGACGAUCUCUGAGACAUAUCCCUACAAUAACCUGUCGUUUCAUUGUACCUCUAGCAAUGCAAGCCUCAGUUACACUGUACCCAAGCCCUGAUAAGUUAUACGCCGAUUUAGGGCAAUAUGAGCCCAUUGUCAAUGAAAUCAAAAUGAGGGUAUUACUUUUGUGAAAGUAUGGGCAUGAAGACUUUGUCUUACAUGAAAUUGUAUUGAAAGACGCGAUUGUAUUUCAUCGCCUCUUUCGAAAAGCUUUAUAAAUGUCAAAAGAAUCCCACAACUCCGCGCAUGGGGAUAUCAUUAUUGUCCAUAACAAUACAAAAGAAUCUUGAAGGAAUCAUCAGCCGUUGCCGUUAUCGCAUUUCAAAACAGUUGAAGUUUAAAAAAGAAGACCUCCUAGGAGCAGACCUCCAAGCAAACCACCAGCCUGCAAAGAUUUUGUUAGUAAGAUUGAUGUUGACAAGGCUUUUAAGGAAAAGAGAGAGAUAAUAAGUACUCACAAUUGGGAGGCCAGCACCACCACCAUAGUAACCACCAUAUGGGCGUCCGUAUGGAUAGCCAGGCCGGAUGAACCUCGCAUUGGGGUUUGCGUACGGUCCACUGGAAUAAGGGUUCACCCCGUAUCCUCUGUUGCCGUAACCUCCUCCGUAGCCAUAGCCAGUAUUUGAAGGUUCAAUGUAGAUGUCUCUUCCGUCCCUGUCUUUGGCGAAGAACUGAGGUUGACCAGUCAUUUCCGCCCUUUGCAUCGCCUGUCGAAGUCGCAUGUGUGCCUCGUAGUAUUCGCGCUCCUCCUGCUCCCGCUGGGCUCUGUUCUUGACUCGCUCAUCGUGGGUCGUUCCGGUUACUUUGUCUUUCAGUUUUUCACCAAAGCUCUUCUUCGUUGCAGCACCCUGCUGCUGCGACUGAUGAUGACUGUUAUUCGGACGAGGUGGCAAGUCGGGAAACGCAUGGUGGUCCUUGUCGUCGGGUGGCUCGGGUGUGUGCGCGGCCCGCCUUCUCAUCUGGUCCUCCUCGUCUUGGAGUCUCUCGCGUUCUUCGGAACUCAGGCUCUUGACGACGUCGGGAUUGUCGAGGGGAUGCUCCCAGUACGACUUGGGCGGGUCCUCUUUGGUGUUGACGAAGAAUUGGUGGUUCUCCUUGGGAUCAUACGAGCGCACCCAUCCUUCUGGCAAAGGCCGCUGGAGGUCUUCCAUUGACCUUCUGUCUGAAGCUGGAAUGCCAUUCUUUGACUGUGGGACCUCGAGGUGAGAUGACGGCUGCUCCGGUUUUGAUGGGGUGGCCGAGGAUCCAGUGGCGACCGCAUAGGACGGAGGGGGUUCUGGAGGCGCGGACAUGAUGGUCGAUCGGGUGUAGAUGGGUGAUAACAAUGAUUUUGCGAGAUCGAAGGUGAGAAAAAGGAAGGGAUUCAGACGUCCGUUGGGGCGAACUAAAUAAUAACUGAACUAGUGGUCGUAUCUGCCUGCGGAAGCGAGGAGAUCAGCAGAGAAUGUAGAGAGUCGUGAUGAUAAUUCAAAUACAAGUGAGGCUCAUCAACACCAGAGCAUCAGCGUCGCCCAUGCUGGUGACGCAAUGCUUAUCUCUUUGGGGCUUAGAUUCAACUUGAGCUGUUUAACUGAGCGUGGCUGUGCUUCAACCUAACAGGGAAGGAGUGCCGAAAGCCACAGUUGCGUUUUCAGAUCCUUUAAUCCUCCGUAGCGGUACGAAUACGGGUACGGAGUACUAAUUAGUGCCAAUGGAC